AAGGCCCUGUCCAUUUCUAGUCGUCGUUUCUUCCUCGCCAAAACCCUAGUCCCUCGAUCCGCCAUAUCGCUCUCCUUCCUCCAGGGCUACUAAUUAGUAUCCGAAUACUCCAAACUCUUUCCCUGAUGGACAAGGAUUCGAGCUCACCAACUGAAUCAUCUCUUUCCUGUGUUCGUUGUGGCAAACCCGCUUUUCUUCAAUGCCCCAAAUGUGUGGAGCUAAAGCUACCUCGACAAGGUGCUGCAUUCUGCACACAAGAUUGUUUUAAAGCUUCUUGGAGCUUUCAUAAGUCCGUACAUCUUGGAUCAAACUUGGGACAUGUUAGUGGAAGUGUUCCAUCCAACCAGUCUUCUGAUGGUUGGCUAUAUUGCUUAAGGAAAGGCCAAACUCGAACAUCUCAACUUCCCCAUUUUGAUUGGACAGGAACAUUAAGGCCAUAUCCAAUAUCCAAGCAGCGUUUGGUACCAGAGGGAAUUGAAAAACCAGAUUGGGCAGAUAGUGGUAUCCCAAAGAUUGAACCCAGCAGUGACCUCCAAAAUAUAGUGGAGAUCAAGACGCCUGAGCAAAUUGAGCGAAUGAGAGAAACAUGCCGGAUUGCAAGAGAGGUUUUAGAUGCCGCUGCUCGUAUAAUUCGACCUGGAAUUACAACAGACGAAAUUGAUGACGUAGUUCAUCAGGCUACAAUUGCUGCCGGAGGGUAUCCGUCUCCAUUGAAUUAUCAUUUCUUUCCAAAAUCUUGCUGCACAUCUGUUAAUGAAGUCAUCUGCCAUGGGAUUCCGGACGCAAGGAGGCUCGAGGAUGGUGACAUUGUCAAUGUUGAUGUAACUGUAUAUUAUAAAGGUGUCCAUGGUGAUCUAAAUGAGACUUUUUUUGUUGGAGAAGUGGAUGAAGCUUCUCGGCAUCUUGUCCGUUGCACCUAUGAAUGUUUGGAGAAAGCCAUUUCUAUAGUUAAACCUGGCAUUCGAUUCCGUGAUGUGGGUGAAGUUAUUAAUCGUCAUGCAACAAUGUCUGGGCUAGCAGUGGUGAAAUCAUAUUGUGGACAUGGUAUUGGAGAGUUGUUUCACUGUGCACCGAAUAUUCCUCAUUAUGGGAGAAACAAAGCUGUUGGUAUCAUGAAAGCUGGGCAGACAUUUACAAUUGAACCUAUGAUCAAUGCAGGAAUCUGGCGUGAUCGGUUAUGGCCAGAUGGAUGGACUGCAGUUACUGCAGAUGGUAAACGAAGUGCUCAAUUUGAGCACACUCUUUUGGUAACAGAGACAGGGGUUGAGGUUCUAACUGCAAGGUUGCCACAAUCACCUAAUGUCUUUCCGUGGUUGAACUCCUAAUUUUGUUUUGCAAUUUGUGACCAGUUUUUGAGUAAGCUUUGUCAGUCGUUCAAUUUGGUUAACGUAGGCCGCUUUAUUCGAAUGUAUACAAUGGCGGUCCCAUAUGCUUUCUAUCAUUUACUGGUGGUGAUCCUCGCCGGAGGGAAACUUCUGUACAACUUUAAAUGCUGAGAUAUUUAGUUGCGUCUUAAUUUGGCUUGCCACAUUGAAAAAGGAAAUUAGCCUAUCUUUGUAUCUGAUGACGAUAUUCAAAUUGAAUUACCUUCGUAGUUUGUUUCUAA